AUGUUCAGUGGUGAAGAGCGGAAAGCAAUUGUACUGAGUGAAGUUUCUUUUGAUGUAACUGAUGAGGUGGUAUACAAAGUACUGGAUGGGGCUAAAAUAUUUGGUCAUUGUAAAAUAAGAGGGAGGUGUUUAGGGCAGAAUGCCAAAAGCCAACUAGUGUUAGUUGAGACCUCAAAUGAUGUGACCACAGCUAACAUACCUGAACAGUUAGUAGCUGGGGAGCAGUUGGGACUUUGGGUAGUCAGUGUUGGUGAGAGCCAGAGUUGCCCAGUUCCCAGUGGACAGGAAGAUUUCCAGACAAAGUUACUGUCGUUCCUAGCAAAUGAAGGGAAGACUUUAUCUGACAUCACAGGACUCCUUACCCCUACUCCUGCUCACACUGCAGCCCCAGACUUAAACACAAAGCUUGUGAAUGCCAUCUCCUCACUAGUGGAAAAGUGUCAAGGCUAUCGUAAACUUCGCCUGUUUUCAGGUGUAAAGCCAACUCCUCAUGGCGAGGAAGAGUAUGAUGCUUGGGCUGAGCAGACUGCCCAUAUGUUGGAUGAGUGGCAGUGCUCUGAUACAGCUAAGAAACAGAGAAUAGCUGAGAGUCUUAAAAGGCCAGCAGCAGAUAUUGUCCGGUGCCUAAGAGUCAGUAAUCCUCAUGCAACCGCCAAUGACUAUCUCAAAGCCCUGGAAACUGCUUUUGGUGCAACAGACAGUGCAACGGAUCUUAUGGUGAAGUUUCACAACACAUUCCAGCAGGAAGACGAGAAACUGUCAGCAUAUUUACUCAGACUAGAUAAGUUGUUGCAUGCAGUUCAUCGUAAAGGUAGAAUUGAAGUGAAUGACAUGAACCGUAUACGUAUUGAACAAGUUGCUAGAGGAGCCCUGUCUCAUGACCUCACUGCCCUCCGCAUAAGAAUGAUGUACAAACUCGAGCUGCCUCCCAGCUUCACUGAACUGCUUCGUGAAAUCAGUGGAAAUGUCUCUUGA